AUGGAGAAGGAGAUGUCACAAGGCGUGACACAAACAGCUUUGGCGGCCAGUGGCAGCCAACUGCGUUUCGUUGAACUGCGCUUCCCAACGGUGCUGCAGGCUCGGCAGCGGGCGCUACUUUUGCACCUCUGCACGUUCAACUUCGAGACGCACGCAGCGGUACCGCUCUGUGUCAGGCACCAGCUUUACGAUGCCGACACGGCCUACAGCGUCCUGCGGCUUUGGGACCUGUAUGGCUUGGACUGGCCUCGUGCGAGCAAGGCCGGGAUCUUCUUGCUACGGGCUCGCGAUCCGAAGCCUUCUGAGGUCGUGCCAGUGAACGGCACCAAGCAUCGAGGGGCGUCGGAGUUCCGUGCAGAGUGGCAGUCCGCUGAGGAGGACCAGCGCCGUGCCGGCCUUGCGCAGCUCCAUGCAGAGCAAGAGCUCCAGAGGCUGGAGCGUCUCAACAAAAAGAAGAGGAAUGCGGACGUCGAGGAGAUCAUGCAGCAACUCUCACUGGCACCACAACAAGAGCUUCUUGAAGCACUCCAGACGGGCAAGUUGCCAAGCGGUGUGGAUUCGCAGCUCGUGGAGGCAUGGAUUCUUGGGAACCGUCUCAACUUCUCGGGCCGAGCUGUCGACAAGAAGCUGCUUGCGAAGCGUGCCGCGGCGGAGAAGCUCGCGAUGAGACAGCUGCUGGCGGCUGCCAGAGAGGCUCCAUCACGCGAUCGGACCAUUGAGGACAUCAAGAGCUUGGACCGAAUGGAAGAGCCACGCGAGAGCCGCGAGUGGGAGGCGCGACUCAUGGACUUUUACGCCCGCGCGAACACAGAGAGAGUCGCAGAAGAGGCCCGCUGCGUCACAGCUUGGAGGUGGCUGUCCAGCGUGGAAAGGCUGCAAGGACGGGUUGAACCAGAGCUUGCUGCGAGGUCGGACUGCAAAGCCUUGAAGAACGACGGCAACGACGGCAACGACGGCACCGACGCGCCAGCAGAGGCCGGGCAUCAAACGGUGCCCCAGGAGAUGCCCUUGGUCUUGGGCCCAGAAACGCCCUUUGUGAGCGGGAGCUCCUCCGAGAACGCCGAGAACCGCGCAAAGGCCUCCAAAGCUGCUCGACGGGAGUUGCGCCAGAUGGCUGCCACGUUCUCCAGUAGAAGGUGCUUUCUCGAAAGGACACAGAAAGCAGAGGACGUCCGCGCGAGGAAAGCCGAAAGGGAGGACCAAGCAAAGGCACAUCUGCAUGAUUGCAGACGAGUCUGGGAAGUCAGGACGCAAGUCCUGGCUGAGAAACAUGGCCUUAUGCUGGAGUACCAGCGCAGGGACUUCCGAAGGAAGGUCCUUGGUGACGAGGAGGUGCACAGCAGCACUACCGUCCAGAAGGCAAAUCGCUUGCAUGCCUUGGUCGCCGGGGCUGCAACAGCGCCUAUGUCAACGCUGCCACUGCCCGUAGCAUCCGAGGUGUGCAGCAUUCCACGCGCGCCGCGCGUGAUGGUCCAGACCUUUCACGGCUUCCGGAGCCGAUACACCGAGCGCGAGGAGUUCGGCGCAGGCUUCUCGACCUUCGGUGCGGAGUCGCAGGGGUCGACCAGGGCGACCCUUUCGUUGCAGUUGCAGGAUCAGCACCCCGCAGGCAGCACUUGGACAGAGGCGAGAAAGAGCUGCGAUGCAAGGCUGGCUGCGACAGAUGGCUGGCAUCCCAACAAGGCUGAGACUUUUUGGAGAAGCUCAAUGGUUGGGUCUCCCUCCGCGGUGCGGCCCCCUCCAUGGCCACGACCGCCGCUGCCGAGGGCUCGACAAGGCCUCGGACGCCUUCGCUGA